AUGUUCGGCGGUCUCGGCAAGAAAGAGCCGGAGCCGGAGCCCGAGGAUGAGGCGACUCAGCUCCGGAACAUGAAUCCGGACGAAAUGACUGGCGAACAACUACAACAACGCAUGGCCAAUGGAGCUCAAGACUCACUCGAGUCCACCCGGCGCAUGCUCGCACUAUGCGAGGAGAGCAAAGAAGCCGGAAUCCGAACCCUGGUUGCUCUCGACGAACAAGGAGAGCAACUCGACCGGAUCGAAGAAGACAUGGACAAGAUCAAUGCCGACAUGAAGGAAGCCGAAAAAAAUUUAACUGGAAUGGAAAAAUGCUGUGGUAUCUGUGUAUGCCCCUGUCAAAAGGGCAAAGAGUUCAAGGAGGAUGCCAGCACUUGGAAUAAAAACGAGGACGGCAAGGUGGUAAAUGGCCAGCCAGCCCGCGUCAUGGACGACCGCAAUGGAACGGGACCUACUUCAGGAUACAUUGCCAAAAUCACCAACGACGAUAGAGAGAAAGAGAUGGAGGACAACAUGGGUCAGGUGUCGACAAUGAUCGGCAACCUCCGCAACAUGGCUAUCGACAUGGGAAGCGAGAUUGAAUCGCAGAAUCGCCAGAUUGACCGAGUAAAUCAAAAGGCGGACUCAGUCAAUAUGAGGGUCAAGGUGGCGCAGGAAAAACAUCCAAGUUACUGA